AUGGCCAGAGGAUUGUUACCUAAUUUACCAGGUAACAUAAAUAGACCAAUUAAUCCUAGGUAUCAUCAUUUACCUUCUACUACACCAGCUCGUGAUCACCAAGUUUCUAUUAACAUGUUAGAUCAACCUAAUUUAUACACUCCAAACUCACCUACUGGUCCACCCAUCAAUAUACCACGCUUUGAUUUACAACAACAGUUAGCUAGUAUGCACCCCAUGGAAGAACGUCCACGACCACCUAGUCCACCAGAUGAAGGUCCUGGAGUAACAGGUGCUGAUGGUCAACUAGAUUGGCGUCUGCUGAUUAAUAGGUUACAGAACUGUGGAAUAUUUAUAAUUCUACUCUUUUUGAAGUUAAUGUAUGAUCAUAGAUUAGGAUUGUUGAUCUUCUUGGCUCUUGGUGGAACAUUUUAUUACGUAAAUCAGAGAUUAGUGUCAAGCAUCCAUCAGUUUUUAGUUAAAGAAUCUGGUAAUAAAGGAAAUUUAGUGAAAUUAUUUGGAUUAAUUGUAUAUUUAGCUAUCAAUAUCUCAUUUGUGUUCUAUAUGUUUUCUGGACAAGCUUUGUGGAAAUCGUUAAUAUUUCAAACACCAAAUGUAGCUGAUUUUGAUAUUUGGACGUUAUUAUGGGUUGUAUUAAUCAAUGAUUAUAUGAUCAAGUUUUCAACUGUUAUAUUGAAAUGUUUUAUAACUAUGUUACCAAAUCAACUCAUUAAACACAAACGUAGGGGUAAAUAUUAUAUGUUUAUAGAAUAUGUAUCACAAUGUUAUAGACAGUUAGUACCUAUUAUACCAUGGAUGCACUUCUUAUCAGAUGAUCAACAUUCAGGCAAAUGGUUUGCAUCUUUCGAAGUUAUUUUAUAUUUAUUGUUUAAAGUCAACAUAGUGUGGAUGUCCAUAAGAGAUCUACAAAAAGCUUUCCAAAGAUUCCGUGUUCACAAUGUAUUUGGUGGUAAGCCAUCAUCAGAAGAUAUAAAACAGCAUGGAGAAAGUUGUCCUAUUUAUUUUAUUUCAGUAUUAAUUAUAGGUAUUUGGUGGUAUGUGGUGGUAAGCCAUCAUCAGAAGAUAAAAAAUAGUAUGGUAUUUGGUGGUAAGCCAUCAUCAGAAGAUAUAAAACAGCUUUGUGAAAGUGGGCCUAUUUAUUUUAUUUCAAUAUUAAUUGUAUUUGGUGGUAAGCCAUCAUCAGAAGAUAUAAAACAGCGUGGAGAAAGUUGUCCUAUUUGUCAGGAUGAAUUAAAAGAUCCAGUGAUAUUAUCUUGUAAACACAUAUUUUGUGAAGAUUGUGUGUCUGUUUGGUUUGAUAGAGAGAGAACGUGUCCAAUGUGUCGAGCCCAAAUAACAGAUUAUAAUCCUCAAUUUCAAGAUGGUGCAACAGCUAUGCAUCUACAAUGGUAUUAG